UCCCUGUUCCCCAGCAUGGCUGUUCCCAUGACAUGUGACUGCCCAAGGACAGAACAGACCAACGACACAGGACAAAAGGUUGCCUGUGAGGGUCUUAUUGACCCCCCUGUUCCUCCGAUGAACCCCCUCAACUCCAUGAAACCCGGUCUGCCUCCCACUCCGCACAGUGACGGUAACUUCCUGUAUGACUCUACCUCCUGGCAACAAGGCAACAAUCCACAGCCAGGAGCACUCUCCGUGGUAACCACUGUCUGGGGCGUGACCAAUCCCUCGCACAGCCAGGUGUUUGGUGCGCCCAUGGGUCCGGGUGGGAACUCUGGAGGUCACAUGAUGCAGGGUGGCGGCGGCGGUGGAGGGAUGAGUCCCGGGAUGAGCCACCAGUACCAGAGCUACGGUGAUAAGGGCUACGGACAGCCGGGCCUGUACGGGCGCCCCAACACAGCCUACAGCCAAGCGCCUCCGUAUGGACAGAGUUACUCCAGUAAUGGUGGUGGAGGGGGUAUGGGCCAACGCCCCCCCUCUGAUUUCACCCAGGCUGCUGCCGCUGCCGUGGCUGCCGCCGCUGCCACGGCAACUGCCACUGCCACGGCAACAGUUGCUGCCAUCCAGGAGAAGCAGAACCAGGAAAUGAACUAUGGCCAGAUGGGUGGAGGGCCCUCCUCUUACAGUACCCAGUUCCUGUCCCACCCAGGCCCCCAGCAGGGUGGGCCCCGCGGCCCCCCGGGGAUGAGCCCGAGUGGCAUGGUCCAGUCCCGGCCAGGGCAGCACCCGUCUAUGGGGGGCAUGGUGUACCCCUCCCAGGGCCAGGGCCAGAGGAUGCCCCAGCAGCACGCUGGCUAUCCAGGAGGACAGCAGGGGCUCAAACGGCCCUACCAAUCAGAGGGUUUCCCAGGGCAGCAGUAUGGUUCAGGGGGCAUGUCUCCCUACCACGGUGGACAGCCCCUCCAGUACCCCCCCGGACCCCAGCAGCGUCAGGCCCAGUCCCCUUCCUACCACCCGAACCAGAGGAUGCCCCCAAUGGGCCAGUACCAGCCAGGACCACCCAACCCUGCGCAGUAUUACAAGCAGGAGCAGCAGUAUAACGGGCAGCAGGGAAACAUGCCACCAGGAUCAGGAGGUUACAACGCCUUUACACAGGCUGCCGUCAAUGCGCAGGCUGGCCGCGUCAUGCCGGGGUACCCCAGUUCCCCUCUAGGGGGAAACCCCACCCCUCCCAUGACUCCGGGUAGCUCCAUGCCCCCCUACCUGUCCCCUGGUGGGCCUGGGCCAGACACCAAGCCCCCGUACCUCGCCCAGGGCCCCGACGUCAAGCCCAACAUCAACUCCCUACAGCCCCCAACUGGUAACCCUAGCGACGACCUGCGGCUGACCUUCCCAGUGCGCGACGGCGUGGUACUGGAGCCGUUCCGGUUGGAGCACAACCUGGCAGUCAGCAACCAUGCCUUCCAGCUAAGAGACUCUGUCUAUAAGACCCUCAUGAUGAGGCCUGACCUGGAGCUGCAGUUUAAGUGUUAUCACCACGAGGACAGACAGAUGAACACUAACUGGCCCGCCUCCGUACAGGUACAAUCACACCUACAGGUGUCUGGUCCUUGCUUACAGGUGAGUGUGAACGCCACACCGCUCACCAUCGAGAGGGGCGACAACAAGACCUCCCACAAGCCCCUCUACCUGAAGCAGGUGUGUCAGCCGGGGCGUAACACCAUCCAGAUCACCGUCACCGCCUGCUGCUGUUCCCACCUGUUUGUGCUGCAGCUGGUUCACCGGCCGUCGGUGCGCUCGGUCCUCCAGGGCCUCAUGAAGAAGAGACUACUGCCCGCAGAGCACUGUGUCACUAAGAUCAAGAGGAACUUCAGCAGUGGUACCAUCCCCGGGACCCCUGGGCUCAACGGGGAGGAUGGUGUGGAACAGACGGCCAUUAAAGUCUCACUCAAAUGCCCCAUUACCUUCAGGCGCAUCCAGCUGCCUGCGCGCGGACACGACUGUAGACACAUACAGUGUUUUGACCUGGAGUCUUACCUACAGUUAAACUGUGAGAGAGGGACCUGGAGGUGUCCUGUGUGCAAUAAGACCGCUCUAUUGGAGGGACUGGAGGUGGACCAGUACAUGCUGGGAAUUCUAAUAUACAUACAGAAUUCAGACUAUGAGGAGAUCACCAUAGAUCCAGUGUGUGGCUGGAGGCCUGUGCCAGUCAAACCGGACAUCCACAUAAAGGAGGAAGCGGAUGGUCCGGUGUUGAAGCGAUGCCGGACUGUCAGCCCCAGUCACAUGAUGAUGCCCAGUGUCAUGGAAAUGAUCGCAGCUCUGGGCCCAGCCUCCUCGCCCUACCAGGGCCUGCCACCAGGGGGCAGGAACACACCGGACUACAACACCCAAGGUCCAGGAUAUUCAAGCCAGUCAGGCUUCUCUGACUUCCCCAACACCCCUGGAACUCCCACCCUGAGAGACUUCACAUCUCCUGGACCCCCUAACAUCUACCAGCAGGACCAGAUGUCCCACUCUGGCCGUAUGGACCCUUCCCAUAAUGCCCUGCAGCAACAACAACAACAGCAGCAGCAUCAACAGGGUCUCCACAGUAAUCAGAGUCUCGGAGGUGGCGUUGGUGGACAGAUGCAGCAGCGGAACUCCAAUACCCAGAAUGCCCGGUUGCAGACAGAGGGCUCUUUCGGCCUUGGCGGUCCUGGAGGAGAGGGACCUGAUCACACCCUGGAUCUUCUCCCUGAGCUGACCAAUCCAGAUGAGCUGCUGUCCUACCUGGGUCCUCCAGAUCUACCUAGCAACAGUAACGACGACCUGCUCUCUCUGUUCGAAAACAACUGAAGACUCAAUUCCUUGCUUGCUUAGGACAGCUUUAUCUAUACCAGAAGGGGGAUAGAGGAGGACAGGUGGGGGGGGGGGGGGUUGGGUGUUCAGAGAGGGAUUCUUGUUUUCAUUCCCCAUGUCUACCCAUCCAUACCUUCUAUAGACCAUAGCUACAUGCCUUCCACAAGGUGAUGAGGUGAAUGACAGAUUCAGACAUGACUGUUCCUCUGUCCGGGAACUCUGUCAAGACUGUAGCGUUUUUAGACCCAUUGUGAAGUGUCUCAUUGGACUCUGAAUCUUUUAAAUAAAAACAAAAUCCCGAAGAGUGAUGCGCAAGACAGUACGUGGGACUGCCUGCACUGGCCAGCAGCUAGAACUGAAAUUUGAUGUUCUUAUAAACAAACACACAAGCCGAAGGAUUUAUCAGCUUUUUAAAGGAUAUUUUUAGAAACACAAAAGAAAGUGUUAUAUUGGCUUUCCAUUGUGUAUUUAUCAUUAUGGAACAUGUCUUUGAAUGAGGAACAGACAGUUGUUCUCAAUUGAUAUGUCUUUGCGUCAUAAAGAAACUAUAUGGUGUUGUACUUUCUGAAGGGGAUUUAUGAAUGCUAAAACAAAAGUAUGAAGCAGUGACACCAAGACAGACAACAUCUAUACCUUCAGAUGAUGUCAUGCUGAGGUAGCACAAAAAAAAGAGAUUAGGAGAAGAAAAGAAAAAAUCCUACCCUGAUCUAUAGACAACAUUAAAAAGACACAGAGAGAGAAUAUGGGUUAUUUUAGGUGAAUAACUGGAUUGAGUGGGGAGGAGGGGAUGGCUUGAGCCAGGUGAGUCAGAAACCAGACAUUGGAAACUCACCUCCAGACACACCCUUGUUUGUCUUUGCCUCCUUUCACAUUUUAUUAAUUAAGCAGACAUUCUUGUAUAGUGGCUUGCAGGAGCUAUUAGAGUUUAGUGUCUUGCUCAAGGACAAAACAGCUGAUUUUUCACCUUGGUGUGUCAGUGGUUCGAUCUAGCCACCUUUCAGUUACUGUUCAGAGACUCAACCACUGAGGGAUCGGCCUCCUGCAACAGUAGCUAUACAUUUACUAAACAUUUAAAUAUGUACCGACACAUUUGUGAUAAUGUGAAGCUUCCAUCUGUUAAAAUAAAAAGCCUUCUGAAUACAGGACUUGUGCACUGAUUGAGAUAUGUGGUAGAGUUGUGCUCACCAUGUCAGGGAGUGAAUAUGCUCUUUACCUUCCUCUCCAGCCCAGAAACAUACUUUUAAAACAGCCUUUCUGGUUUCUCUCUCUGGGUCUUUAAUUGUCUUUGACGUCAUCAUUGCUUUGUAAAGAUUUUGUGUGACAGGCCGAAUUGUUCUGGGCACCCAAAGUUGGAUUUGUAUUGUGCAAUGUUUCUGUUCAAGAAUAUCUGUGUAUCAUUCUUUUUUUAUAAUCAUGAUAAUAUUGUUGUUAGAGUAAUUAAAAUGUUGGUAAAGUUGUGCACAUCUGUCUUAUAUAUGUUUAAACUAGCAGCAGUGUGUCAAAUUCAUGAUGCCUGUAUUCACAAAUGAAUUAUAUGGACAGGGGUGCUUUGAGAAACAGUGUGAAUACGGCCCAUGAUUUGAGACUGUACAAGGGACUUCCGAGACAAGACCAAUAUCUGCUUGGUAAAAAUUUCUCAUGUUUUAUUCUUGUCUAGAUGAUGAUGAUACUUAGAGGCCCUUGUCAGUAUACAAUUAGUAACAUGUUGAAUUGUCCUAUUUAACUGCACACCAGUUUUUCUAAAGAUGAUUGUGAAAUAUUUCCAUUAUGUUUUAUAAGUAAAAUAUGUUCCUUCUGA